UUACUUUCAUUGCACAUGCGUGGAAAGAACACGAAGCUUAAUUUGAUAGUAAAUUUAUUACUUCAGACAGACAAAGAAUUUGAAGAACAGUACACAGGACUAAAGAUAAAACCCAGAACUAAAACAGUUGAUGACAGUUUGAUAGAACAGGAUCGUGUCAACUUAACAGCAUUGCCAAAAGAAGUAGAUUGGAGAAAUAAUGACUGUGUGACUCGAGUCAAAUUUCAGGGCCACUGCGGAAGCUGCUAUGCGUUUGCUGCUACGGGUGCUCUAGAGGGCCAUACAUGUAUAAAAACAAAGAAACUAGUGUCGCUGUCAGAACAGAAUAUAAUUGACUGUACAGACAACAAAUUGUACACGAAUAUGGGCUGCAUUGGAGGACAAGCCGAAAAUGCAUAUAUAUACGUGGAAGAGAAUGGCGGCAUUGAUACAGAAAAAUCCUACCCGUAUGCUCAAGAGGUUGGAGAGUGCAAGUUCAGCAAGGAGAAUAUUGGUGCUACUGCAAAAGGCUAUAAAGACAUACCAUACCGUAAUGAGUUCGCCCUGCAGAAAGCCGUGGCUUGGAGGGGACCCGUCUCUGUUUGUAUAGACUCAAGAGGAACGAAGUUUUACAGUCAUGGGAUAUAUGAUGGCGUAGACAAAACGGACCUGAGCACAUGCAGUUCCGACGAAGUUAAUCAUGCAAUGUUGGUAAUUGGGUACGGUACGUCAGCGAAUGGGAAAGAUUAUUGGCUGCUAAAGAACAGUUGGGAUACAACGUGGGGUUUAGAAGGCUACAUGAAGUUGGUGAGAAACAAGAGGAACCGAUGUGGAAUAACAACAAUUGCUAGCUAUCCUUUAGUGUAAUUACCAAAAACACAAACAAACGAAAAAAAUACAGUCUGUCUGAGACAAAAUCUUAUCUGACGAAAAAAAAUAAAUACGUUGACCUCACAAUUUCACGGUUAACCCUUACCAUGCUGAACACGAUUUUGUUCUGCCUUUGCGACCAGUGCAGAUUAUGAUCAACUUACACAUCCGUGUAGUCUGAUCAUGACAACCAUGCGGUCUGAUCAUGAUCGGCACUGUUCGCCAUUCAGUCAGCAUCUUUUUUGUUUGUACCCUUUUAACAGUUAAUAGUACUGUCCAAAUCGAAAGACUUUGUAUUUAUUCGCUCAUUUUGAAAAUUGUGAACUGUAAUAAAUAUCCAGGGCAUACAUUUUUUCCGUCAAAAGCAUGAUUGUACACUAAAGCCAUAUUCUGUUGUAGGUAUUUUAGCUUUUUUUUCACGUAUUUUGGGAGGCCCUAAAUGAAUGAUAGAAAUUUGAAAGAAACUUAGUAUAUAGUUUGUUUUCCCACAUGAUAUAUAGUUAUACAUGUAUAUAGCAACAAUAAUGCUUGAAUGAUAUUUUGAUACUUCCACAUAAUAAUGAGAGGCUGUAUAGUUUGUUCUUUCCACACAAUAAUGAUAAAAGAUUGAAAGAAAAUAUAUAUGUAGUUUAUUCUUAUCAAAUAAUAAUGAUAGAAGAUUUAAAAAAAAACUGUACAUCUUGUUCUUUCCACAUAAUAAUGAUAAAAGAUUGAAAGAAAA